AUGACUUCACGAAUGCGCCUGCAACCAAUCCCCCCGGAGCAGCUGGCCCCAGCGCAGCGGGAGCUGUACGACGACGUGGUGUCCAACAUCGUCAAGACGCUGGACGACAAGCAGUCGUUCAUCACGCGCGACGAGCGGGGUGCCCUGCUGGGCCCCUGGAACGCGUGGGUACAUGAGCCCGUGGUCGGCGGGGCCAUGUGGCACCUGAGCAAGGUCAUGUUCCGCAACGCCAGACUGCCCGAGCCGCUGCGCCAGGUCGCCAUCCUGACCGUCGGCUCGCACUACCGCGCCGCCUACGAGGUCUACGCCCAUUCGGGCCUCUCGCGCCACUACUUCGCCGAGGACCAGGUCGCUGCCCUGUCCCGCGGCGAGUUGCCUCCGGGUCUGUCGACGGAUGAGGUUCUGGUCUACAACAUCGCGAAGGCAUUGGUGGUGGGAGGUCCCCUGCCGGACGAUCUCUACAACCAGGGCGUCCAGGUGCUCGGUCAGAGCCUGCUGACCGAGUUGAUCUUCUUGGUGUCACUGUAUGCUCUGGUGUCGGUCAAUCUCAACGGGUUCAAUGUCCCUGUGCCGACGGAGGGGUCAUAG